GUGACCGCUAUGGAACACCUCCGCAUUUUUCUCCUGCUCGCCAUUCUAGCUGUUGCGUGCCACAGCCUCAAGGCAUGCCCCGCGAACUGUCACUGCCACGGGGGAGAACUGCAGCAUGUUAUCUGCUACAGCUCAGGGUUGGCUAAAUUCCCAAAGUGUCAGAGCAAACUCGCCUGCUUAACCUGCAAAAGAAUUCCUUCCCUGUGCUGUCUCCCAACUCUUUUAAAGAGAUGAAAGGUUUGGUGUCCCUGCACAUGCAGUACUGCGGGAUCCGAGAAGUAGCUACGGGGGCUUUCCGAGGUCUUAAGAGGUUGGUGUAUCUCUACCUGUCCAACAACGACAUUAGUGUGAUCGGCACAGGAGCUUUUGAUGAUUUGCCUGAGCUCACUUAUCUCUACAUGGACCACAACAAGAUCAUUGACAUACCCAAGGGGCUGCUGUCCCCACUCGCCAACCUGUUCAUUUUCCAGCUCAGCCACAACAAGGUGCGUGAGCUGAAAGCAGGGACCUUCACUGGCGCCAAGGAUCUGCGCUGGCUCUACCUGUCAGAUAAUGAGCUCACCACGCUGCAGCAGGGGUCCUUGGAUGAGGUGGAAAACCUGGCCAUCUUCCACUUAGAUGGAAACCAGUUGAGCACUUACCCACUGGCUGCCGUCAGCAAGCUGAGGGUGGUGGAAGAUUUUAAGAUCUCCCGAAACCCAAUCAAAGUCAUCCCUGAUUUUGCAUUCCAGUCAUUUGGGCGAUACAUGGAAUCCCUCUCCAUGGAACAAAUGGGUAUCGAGAAGUUUUCAGAAAAAGCUUUUGUUGGAGUCACGGCCCUGAAGAGUCUGAACGUUGAAGGAAAUAAGCUAAGCCAGCUUCCUGCCAAUGCCCCAUUUUCCUCCCUGCAGAACCUGACACUAGCAAACAACCCUUGGCACUGCUCCUGCCAGCUGGCAGCUCUCAGAAGGUGGAUUGACGGUAGCCGCUCUCGCCCAGAUGCCACUUGUGCGAGCCCAGCUCAAUACCGCGGGCAACAGCUACGAGACACAGGAGCCUUCCGUGGGUGUAAACAGCCGGUAAAGAAAUCAAAAAAAGGAGAAAGACAUUAA